AUCAUUUCCGACCCCGCCUCUUUCGCAGAAUACUGUACAUAUUUGACGUGACUGUUGAGCAACGUUUUAAGGUGCAAAAAUCGAAGUCUCGUACUUCCGUGUAACGUUGCAGUAAAACCUCCACGUUCAGGUAUGGAGGUAUUUGCCUUGAGGAGCUUGCUAUUGGGGUGGCAGUGUUUGGUAUUGCCGGUGUGGGGGCUGGCUGGUUACACCGCAGCGGUCUAUGAGCAUGCAGCAGUGUUGAAUCCACCCCGCAAAAUCCCUUCCACACGCCAGGGGGCGCUGAGACACAUGAAGAAAAACCUGGAUAUCUAUCGGGAACAAGUCUUUGCAGCAAGUAAACAGGGAGCCAAGAUAAUUGUAUUUCCAGAGGAUGGUCUCCAAGGCUUUCAGUUCAACAGGACUUCCAUUUUUCCGUAUUUGGAACCUAUUCCAGAUCCUAAUGUUGUUCACUGGAAUCCCUGCCUGCAUCCAACUGUAUAUAAUGGUACAGAGGACAGUCUCUAUAGAAAUUCCUUGUUGGAGCCUAUGACUUUUUGAGAGGGCCUACACAUGCAGAAGGAUGAUUUACCAGAUUUUGUUGAAGAAAAAGGCCAAGAUAUGCAAUUAUUGCACUGCUUCCAGUUUUAAUGUGGUUUAGUUUAGUUCCCAUCCCUCGUGACACACAUGUUCAUCGAGCUACUUCAUAUUGAUAUGGAACUUCGUAUUGUACAGUUUCACUGAUGUUAGUUCUACAGAAACAGAAAGAUUAGGAGCUGCAGUAAGCCAUUCACCCCACUCAGCCCACUCUGCCAUUCAAAAUGAUCGUAAACAGUGUGUUUCAGUUCUCUCCUUCUACCCUGUGAUGAUUAACAUUUGGAAUUUUACAAUGGUAUUGAUUUCGAUGGGGUAACAUUGCUAAAUCAUGCUACGGGCAUGCGAGCUUUCUUGCUAGGAAUAUGCAUUGGGCAUUGGGCAUUAAGGUGCACACCCUUCCAUAAUGGAUAGAAACAUUACAGAAGUUCCAAUAUGCACUUGCAGCAGGAAAUUUGGUCCAACGAUUUAAUUAUUAAUAGAAGAACAAUAUGCUAAGGACAUUAGCAUAAGUAAAAGCCUUUCAAACAAAUGAAUGAAUAUUCACCUUCAAAAAAAUUAACAUUCCUACUCUCUUUCCACGAGGUCUGACUAUAGUGCAAUUCUCUUGUUUUAAAUUUUAGAUUGCUAACAUGUACCAAUUUUAUAAAAAUAAUUUCUCAAGUUUUGGAUUUUAUCUCUCCUAUUCAAUUUGUUGUCAAGUUAUUUUUUGAAAGUGGCAUUAACUUGGUUUGACGCGGGUUGAGUCUCAUUGGUUCCAUGCCCUGUCACAGAAAUGAAGUGGGAAUGCAGUGAAGGAUGAGAAUUUCAUUGCACAACUUCAUACAUCCCAGCCCAAUUCCAAGACAGGAAGAAUGAGGCAGUGCUACAUUUAAAAAGCAUCCUUUUAAAAGUGGUUUUAGUAAUCCAUAAUUUGUAGAGAUGCACUUUAAUGUUUAGCCAUCCUAAAAAUGUUCAUUUUAGACACGGUAUAAAUCAGAUGUCCAGUUUUAACCCUGCAAUUUCUACUAUCAUGAUCACAUUUUUUCUCUACAAUAAUUGCAAUUUUGCUAAUGCAUCAAAUUAUUAUUUAUGUUUUGCGCUUGAUUCAGCAGUUUUUGUUUUAACUGUUUCGUGUUAAUAUGUAGCAAGUCCUGGAACAGAGGUCUUCAUCAACUCUCAGUAACAAGUCUGGGACUUCGAGAUCCAAAUAAAAUUGUGUUCCUUUCUUGAAUAAUAAUUAAUAAUAUUACACUUUUUAUUAAAUAUAAGAAGAAUUAGUAACAUUUCAUAUAGUUAAAAAUAAGAGGCGAGUCCAAAAAGAAGGAUUUAAAAAGCACAGAGACAGAUCAGUCUCUGAAUUAUUCAUGAAGAAGGGAUGGUUGAAUGUUGCAGCUCUUGCACUGGUGGUUAUUGUCAAAAAGUGUGAUGCUAGAAAAGCACAGCCGGUCAGGCAGCAUCUGAGGAGGAGGAGAGUCAACGUUUUGAGCAGAAGUUCUUCAUCAGGAAUGUCCUGAUGGGGGUGUGGAGGUGAUUGGUUAU